AUGGCUCCUACACCGAGUCGCAAGACGCUUUUAUCGGCAUUGCUGCUCGUGGUGAUUGCUCUCGUCAGCUUUUCCCCCGUGGCCCAAGCCGCCAAUGAAGAGGUGAGUGUGCUCGUGCUCGGGGCUUCCACCACGUUCUCGCGUGGCCACAGUGAAUACCCGUAACGUGAUGAGACUGCCAGGCGAUCACGUACACCCUUGUCGACCGUUGCUGA